GUGUUGUAUUAUUACAUCUUUACCCUAUUUCGGAAAUUAAAUUAUUGAUAGUUAUGGUUGCAUCUAGUUCUAAUAUAUCUGAAGUAGCUGAAGUCUUAGAGCUUCGUAUAGAAAAAGAGACAUUAAAUAAGAGUUUUAUUGAACAGAAGCACAAGUAUAUUUAUGAUGUUGAUUCUAUUAAAGAUCUAGUAGUAUAUAGAAGAAAAGAUAAACUUCUCAGCAAAAAAUUAAAAGCCUCUAAUGAAGAUAAAAGUAAUGGCAGUAAUAAGAAAACACAAAUAGUAUUUUAUAAUGAUGUUGAUAUUGAUCAUAGCGAAAUUAAAGCAAAUAGAUGUAAAUAUAGAUUGUGCUAUAAAAAAGAUCAUUAUGCUCCCAGAUGUUCUAAUAAGAAAAAUGAACAGAUAGACUCUUCUAAAGAAGUGUUUAGACUUG